AUGAAGAAACAAGUGUGGUUCAGAGUCUUCAGACCCCUUUCGUCAUCUGAUCCACCAACGGCAUUGCAGGCUGCAGCAAUGCUACUCACACCAUCUCUCUCUGCCCUCCAUCAACCAUUUCUCUCUCCUCAAACCCUAAACCCCUUUUCGCUUCUCCAAAUCUGCAAAACCCUACAAGAAGCAGAGCAGCACCACGCUCUGUCCGUCAAGACCGGAACUUUCAGCCACCCUUCAGUCGCCUCCCGCUUCCUUUCUCUCUACGCCGACCCCAAAAUCAACAACCUCGAAUACGCCCGCUCCGUCUUCGACCAAAUUGAACAACCUACGUUGGUGUCGUGGAACAUUCUCAUCAAAUGCUACGUUGGAAACCAGCGGUCGCAUGAUGCCAUUGUUUUGUUCUAUGAAUUGGUUCAUGAACUUGUUCCGGAUAAUUUCACUGUGCCGUGCGUGAUUAAGGGUUGUGCGCGGUUGAAUGCGAUUGAGGAAGGGAAGCAGAUUCAUGGGUUGGUGCUGAAAAUUGGGCUUGGGCUGGAUAAGUUUGUGCAGAGCAGUUUGGUGAAUUUAUACUCGAAAUGUGGUGAGAUUGGUUUGGCCCGGAAGGUGUUUGAUCAAAUGCGUGACAGAGAUUUGGUGACUUGGAAUUCGUUGGUUGAUGGGUAUGCGAGGUGUGGAGAAGUUGAAGUUGCAAUGGAGUUGUUUGAUCAAAUGCUGGAGAGGGAUUUGUUUUCGUGGACUGUUUUGGUUGAUGGGUUGUCUAAGUGCGGGAAGGUGGAGAUGGCUAGGGAGGUGUUUGAUAGGAUGCCGAAUAGAAAUUUGGUUUCUUGGAAUGCCAUGAUUAAUGGGUACAUGAAAGCUGGAGACUUUGAGAUGGCACGUCAAUUAUUCAGUGGGAUGCCGGCAAAAGACGUGAUAACUUGGAAUUCGAUGAUUGCAGGUUAUGAAUUUAAUGGGAGGUAUAUGGAAGCAUUGGAGUUGUUUCAAGAAAUUUUGAAAGAAGGUAUUAUGCCAAGUCAUGCUACAUUAGUCAGUGCUCUCUCUGCUGUUUCAGGAUUAGCUAUCCUGAGUAAGGGGAGAUGGAUUCAUUCUUUCAUGGUAAAAAAUGGAUUUGAGUUAGAUGGUGUGCUUGGUACAUCGUUGAUAGAUAUGUAUUCCAAGUGUGGAAGCAUUGAGAAUGCUCUGGCCGUGUUUCGAGCUAUACACAGGAAGAAAUUGGGGCAUUGGACUUCUAUAAUUGUUGGUUUAGGAAUGCACGGUAUGGCUGACCAAGUUCUUGAGCUAUUUCUCGAGAUGCGGAAGAAUGGAAUGCAGCCUCAUGCUAUAACUUUUAUUGGAGUCUUGAAUGCAUGUAGUCAUUCGGGAUUGGUCGAUCUUGGCCGUUACUAUUUUGAUCUGAUGACAAAUGAUUAUGGAAUUGAACCCACAAUUGAACACUAUGGUUGCUUUGUAGACAUUUUAUGUCGGGCUGGUUCUCUAGAGGAGGCAAAGAAUGUCAUUGAAAAUAUGCCCAUGAAACCAAACAAAGUAAUCUGGAUGAGUUUGCUUAGUGGUGCUCGGAAUCAUGGAAAUGUUAAACUUGGUGAUUUUGCAGCUCGUCAUCUGAUUGAAUUUUCUCUGGACACUAUUGGAUGCUAUGUUGUUCUAUCUAACCUGUAUGCUGCAGCUGAUCAGUGGGAGAAAGUUUCACAGGUAAGAGAAAUGAUGAGAAAGAAAGGAAUCAAAAAGGACCCGGGAUGCAGUUCCAUAGAGCACAGAGGUGUGCUUCAUGAGUUUAUUGUGGGUGAUAAAUCACAUCCUCAGACAGAAGAGAUAUAUUUGAAGUUGAGUGAGAUAAGAGAGAAACUGAAAUCCGUAGGACAUGUUCCUGACACAAGCCAAGUUCUGUUGUGUCUUGAAGAGGAAAAAGAGAAGGAAGCCGAACUGGAAAACCAUAGUGAGAGAUUGGCUAUUGCGUUUGGUCUUAUUAAUUCAGAAGCUGGGAGUCCUAUUCGCAUUAUAAAGAAUCUUCGCGUCUGUAGCGAUUGCCAUUCUGUUACUAAACACCUAUCCAGUAUCUAUAAUCGUGAGAUUAUUGUGAGAGAUAAUAGUCGUUUCCAUCAUUUCACAAAUGGCUCAUGUUCUUGUAAAGAUUUUUGGUGACUGACCUGUUUGUCUGCUGCAUUGACAGCUGUGUUCAUCUGCUCAAAGCAAGAAGCAUUAUGCUUGCGCUCUUUUCAAUUUGGAGCAGCCAUCGCAGUACAGGCUGUCCUGAUGCACCUAUGACCUGUCCGCAUGCCGAAGCUCUCAAAUUUAGAAUGCAACUACACGGUCCCUAACAUUCUAAAUUGGCAACAGACUUGUGCGCUGCCCUUAGCUAUAUGGGCAAGCUAAGUUAUGCUGCGGUUAUAUUGAGAGCACAGUUAGACAAAUUACACAAAGGAGCUCGGUGUUUUUACCGGAUACAGCGAUUUCAAUUCAAGCAGUUUCUAGUAAAAUUACAUCGGAACUAGUGGAGUCCACAACAAGAACACCUCAA